AUGAAUCAUUCAUGUCCAGAAGAAACUUUCUAUUGUCCGUCAUUAUGGCCAUUAGACAUGCCGUCGCCCCAUUUGAUCACUUCGUCAUUUUUUGCCGCCCUUUUGUCACCAAUCAUCAUCAUCUCAAAUGCAGCACUAAUUUACGGACUGUACAAAAUGGAGCAGCUUAACACGAUGACAAACAAAUUCAUUCUCCUGAUGAAUAUAUCAGAUCUUGGCAUUGGAAUAUUCAUCAUGCCAUCCAUUACUGCAAUGAUGAUUUUAAAAGACAAGUACCGCAACUGUGUUGUUGAACUGGUUCUUCAAUAUUGCACCUUUCAUCUUGCAUAUUUCUCCUUUUUCAUGUUGAUAUGCGUUUCUUUGGAUCGUUAUCUUCACGUGACGAAACUCAAAAACUACACUGCGUUCAUGAACGAGUUCCGCAUGAAGUUGAUCGUUGUGUUUAGCUUCGUAACGUCGGCUGUAAUCGCCUACAUAUCGAUCGCGUUUCCUUCUUUUCCGCUGCAAGUCGUGUUGAAUUUAUCCAAUCUGUUUGGUGUUCUGUUUAUGUUCAUCUUGUAUUCGAUGGUGUUUCGUAGAAUUGCCACUCAUGCGGAGAAAAUUAAGAAAAUGCUGAGAGAUGCCGGAGAAGAUUCGGGUAACCGAGAAACAAGACGAGAAAUCUCGGCAACGAAAACAAUUCGUUUUGUCCUGGGUGCUUUGUUGGUACUGUAUCUACCGUACAACAUUUCCUCCGCAAUCUGGACGUAUUACAAAUUCCAGGAGUACAGAAAUCCCCCAUUAACCAUAAACGCGCUAGAAUAUUGGUCUUAUAUAAUUGUAUUUUUUAAUGCUGCAAUAAAUGCUAUUCUAUUCGCAUAUGGCAACGGUGUCGUGAGAAGAUUCUUGAUUGCACGGAUUACCAGGAGCCAAGUUGUUCCAAGCAGCGCCGUGAAUAGAGUCACAGGACCUAUUAAAAUUGCAAGCAAGGUAUAG